UCAACACGGGAGGUCGCCACGAAUUCUUCUGCUUCGAAAUUGCACCUCCUUGCCUCCUUUCACAGCGUCGUCGCCUCUCCCGUUUUUUCGCAAGAGCUAAAGAAAAGCAUAGGUCAGCUGCUGUGUUUACGUCUUGUACGCCGUGCCUCGUACGCCUCUCACGAAGUUCAGUCGGCUCAUCUGUGUCCCUGUGACCGGAAGGCGACCUGGGAUACCCGUUCUUCGCGCGACCUUCUGCAUAUCGUCUGUAUGAUUCGUUGUCGUCUGCGUGGUGUCACGGUUGUCGUCGCUAUGGGUGGAGGCUUGGUUGCCCAGCUACAACCAGAUACAGUGCGCGUAUUGUAUCCCCGUUUGUAAACAAACAGCUCCGCGCAUGUUAACGAGUGGACACUCGGUCUUUUGACUCAUAUGGGCAAGGUUUCGUGAAGUAAGAGCUGAUUCCGGGGGACCUGGCGCGCACAGUCGUCUGCGUCGAAGAUGGAGACAAUCGGUGUUCAAACGCAAGCAGCUGUUGUGUCAUCGAGCGAUGUGCGUGUUAGCGACGAAUAUGAUGGUGAAAAUUAUACGGAUGGAAGCGGUAAUGCUUCAGAAGCUCCGCUUGUGCGCAGACCGGUAAGCAAGUCGAAGUCCCUCGACGUCGAUAAUUUGCGCUUUAUUUUGGAAUGCUUCUUCUUGUCAUUCGGACCGGAGUGUCCGCAACUUGGUCGAUACCAUCCGAGCUCUGACCCUGAACGCUACGCGAGCGAAUGGCAGCCGUCGGACGUCAUUGUUUCCACGAAAACUGCUGGGUGCGGAGACGCUCCCCCGACUUCCGAUGCUAGGCCCGGAACAACGACGUCCGCCCUGCCGCUACCGCUCAACGCUGACGACUUGCAGCGUCAAACCUCUUUGAACGGCGUCUUCUUUCCGGACGAUCUCAUCCUUCGAGAACUCUCUGAAAUGAGGGCGUUGCUUCACAGGUUGCUUGUGGACCAUCAGGACGCUGGACACGAAAACAACGACCUCUUAGAAGUCCUAGAUUUCUUGCCAGACUCUGGUCCCAUUCCAGAAGAACCCGUGCCGCACUUUCCGGUGGGGAGUUGGGGACUUCGAGAGUGCGGAAUUUGCCUCGAGACACGGUGGCUAUAUCUUCGACCAUGCUGUAAUUUCCCAGCAUGUUCGCAGUGCUUAAAAAAAUACUAUACCUCCAAAGUGGCACAGAUGCAGCUCAAGAUUGAAUGCUGUAAUGUUGGGUGCAAACAGUAUGUUCACAGGGACGAGAUCAGUGCUCGACUGCCGCAGGACAUCAAGAAGCAGUUCCACAACCUCAUCGAGUCUGCCAGCUUGGCUUCAAAGUCAAAAACUUGCCCCCACUGCAAUCAUGUAUCCCAGAAACCCGGUUCUCCACCUCACCGCUCAUGGACACAUUGGACGUUGAAGAAAACUCCGAAAGAACCCGUCGUCUGCCCAUCGUGUGGACUUUCCUGGUGUUUCUCCUGCCAUUCCCCGUGGCACGAUGGCAUGACCUGCCGAGAGUUCCGCAAAGGUGACCGACUUCUCAGGUCGUGGGCCAAGUCAGUCAGUCAUGGCCAAGUCAACGCGCAGAAGUGUCCUCGGUGCAAGAUAUUCAUCCAGAGAACCAGCGGAUGUGAUCACAUGCACUGCGCUCGCUGCAAAACCCAUUUCUGCUACAGGUGCGGAGACAGAUUUAGACAGCUCAAGUUUUUCGGAGACCACUACAGCAAACUGAGCAUCUUCGGGUGCAAGUUCCGCUACAAGGCCGACAAGCCGGUUCAGCGGAAGGUGAUCCGUGGAGCGGUUUUUGGAGGCAAACUGGCUGCUGCACCGUUGAUCGGGCUGCUCGCCCUCUGUGCUGGUGUGAUCGUUGUAGGGGUAGGAGUUUUCGCGUUCCCUCUGUACGGUGGCAUGAGACUGGUUAGGAAAUAUGACAGUCGAAAGAAGUCGGUUGAUCUGCGCGCGGAGCCAAUUGGUCAACGAGUAUGGGUUGCAUAACGCGCCUCCUGCGGAAUAUGUUGCAGAAGUCUGGAAACAAAAGACUGUAUCCCGCAGCGCAUACUGACACCCACUUUGCUCUACGUGUGCUUCGGAGGGGGGGGGGGGGGGGAGAGAAUAUUUAUGUUGUAGGCACAGGCACAUAUAUUUUUUAUUACGUGUAGUCCUGUGCAGCGAGGGCCUGAACUCAUAAAUGCUACGAGAUCUAGUAGCCGUGCGGGUAUUUAUAAGUAGACAUACGAAGUGAUUUCUUGUGAGCUGUUAUCAUAUUGUCACUUCCUGAAUCCUGAAUCCUGAUAGCUUCCUGUUCCAACAAAAAUAGGUGUUGCCUCAGCGAGAUAAAUAAAUGUUACCCUAAUUUAUUUUUAUAGUUUAUUUUUACGUAUAGUUACAAAUUGCUUAUUUAUAAUCUUGCAUGUGAGGUUUCACACUAUUUAUAAAUUUACCCUUUUGUCCUUGCUUGACACCAUUCAAAGUCUUCUCCGUACGUAAUGCUCCACUCACCAAAAUGCUCCCUGGGCUGUUGAGCUGCAGGCGGUGUGCAUCAGUCAUUCUGGUUUACAGUAUGUGACCAAAGUGCGACUUCCAGUCACUGAAGUUGUUCUAGACUGUGUCUCAAAAUGCCUGUUCUGCACUUCUUUCAUCUGUACUGUACCCAAUAAAGAUUUUGGUGGGUCAGCA